AUGGCAAUAGGACUCUUUGGAUUGAUCCCAAGUUCAUCACCAGACGAGCUAAAGAAGAUUCUACAAACACUUUCAACAAAAUGGGGAGACGUAGUUGAGGAUCUAGGGAGUCUUGAAGUGAAACCAAUGAAAGGAGCCAUGACUAACGAAGUGUUCAUGGUGAGUUGGCCUAGAAAAGAAACUAAUCUCCAUUGUAGGAAACUCCUUGUUCGUGUCUAUGGAGACGGAGUUGAGCUUUUCUUUGACAGAGACGAUGAGAUUCGGACUUUCGAGUUCGUGGCUCGCCAUGGCCACGGCCCUCGGCUCCUUGGCCGGUUCGCCGGUGGCAGAGUCGAGGAGUUUAUCCAUGCCCGGACCCUAUCGGCAACCGAUCUUCGUGAUCCAAACAUAUCAGCUCUGGUUGCAUCUAAGCUAAGAAGAUUUCACAGCAUAAACAUUCCUGGAGAUAAAACUGUACUCAUAUGGGACAGGAUGAGGACUUGGGUAGGGCAAGCUAAGAAUCUAUGCUCGGCUGAAGAUUCAACAGAGUUUGGUCUAGACAACAUUGAAAAUGAAAUCAACUUCCUAGAACAAGAAGUGAACAAUGACUAUCACCAACAAGAGAUUGGAUUCUGUCACAAUGAUUUGCAAUAUGGUAACAUCAUGAUUGAUGAAGACACCAGUGCCAUUACUAUCAUUGAUUAUGAGUAUGCAAGUUAUAACCCAAUUGCUUACGACUUAGCAAAUCACUUCUGUGAGAUGAUGGCAAAUUACCAUUCGGACACUCCUCAUAUUUUGGACUACACUUUAUAUCCAGGAGAAGAAGAAAGGAGGAGAUUCAUCUGCAAUUACAUCACUUCUUCAGGUGAAGAACCAAGAGAAGAAGACAUAGAACAACUCUUGGAUGAUACUGAGAAGUAUACAUUGGCAAGCCAUCUCUUUUGGGGUUUAUGGGGAAUCAUAUCUGGCUAUGUGAACAAGAUUGAGUUCGAUUAUAUUGAGUAUUCGAGGCAGAGAUUCAAGCAGUAUUGGCUUCGAAAGCCCCAGCUUUUAUCUCUCUACCCAUCUCAUAAUUAA